UCUUGCCCCUUUCCCUGCAGUUCUGAUGAUAGAUCUGAUUUAAUUCCAGCUAGACUUGGCUUUAGACGGUAACGAGCAACUUCAGCUUUCUAUCAUCUGUUUCUUCGCUGGAAUGCUCCUACUACUACUGACCACCAUUGGCUUCCUCAGCACAGCCAGUGGCAUCACCAGAGCUAUGGAAGUGACCCAGCCAGCUGUGGUGCUAGCCAACAGGCAAGGAGUGGCAAGGUUGGUGUGUGGAUAUAAGCACAUUGGGAACACCCAGGAAAUCCGAGUGACUCUGCUUAAACAAACGGGCCAUCAGUACACCGAGGUGUGUGCUUCAACAUACACAACCGAGUACAAGAUGUUCAUGGCAGACAAAAUCAUUCCGUGUCAGGUCAGCCCCAGCCAAAACAAUGUGACCCUCACUCUCAUGGGGCUGCAGGCUGCUGAUGCUGGCCUCUACAUAUGCAAGAUGGAGCGACUUUUCCCACCACCCUAUUACAUGAACACCGGCAAGGGAACACAGCUGUUUGUCAUUGAUCCAGAGCCCUGCCCAGACACAGACCUGUAUCUCUGGACAUUAGGAGCCACUGCUUCAGGAUUGUUUCUUUACAGCAUACUCCUCACAGCCUGCGUCUUGAGCAAAGCGAUCCGGAAGAGGAAAUAUCUCACUACUGGGCUCUACGUGAAAAUGAAUUCAGAGGAAGAGGAGAAGAAGGUUAAGCCGUAUCACAUUGUCAUUCGCUGA